CUGCCCUAGUCUGUGCUGCACACACAAGAAAUUUUUUUUGAAGAUCAUUCCCAAAGUAAUAGAAACUCCUUAAGGAGUUUCAGCUGAAUGUUUGUAGUGAGAGCAAAGCUUUGUUAAUUCAUUAGGUCAUCUGUUGUAUUUAUUUUUAUUUAUUAGGAUUGUAUUUUAUAAUAUCCUUGGUCAAUCUUAAACAAGAUUGAAGGAAGCAUUGAUCUGCCCAGGAGAGAUUGUUUUGCAAAUAAUACUGCUGCCCUUUCAUGUAUCUUGGGCUGCUUUGCAACAACGGAGAGAAAGUUAGGCCUCAAUCCUGCUAACAUUUAUACUUGUGCCUAGCUGUAAUGAGUAAUCUCACUGAGUUCAAGGGAAGCACUUUUGUGUGCAAUUGAGCACCUGUGUAAGUGUUUGCAGGAUUGGGGCCCUUAAGCAGCCUCUUUUGCCACUUAAAUUGAGUGUGUGACGUCCCAGGCUUUUUAGAAGCAGUUCUUGAAUGCAUUGGGUGGAACAAAAUGCCCAAGUUAUGCACUUAUUGUGACUUUACUAACUCACAAGUCAGUUGAGAAACUGCACCAAAAGGCUGGGGAAACGUGAUGGCUGUUUGGGAUUUCCGAAAAUAAAACAGGUGCUUUUGUUAUCUUGAAGUCAGUGUAGAACUCACCCAGCAUUGUUGAACUGGCAGCUUGUGCCUCUAAACUGAGGGGGGGGUGCUUUUACUUUGCAUGCUUAUUCAUUUUCUGCAGUCAUUCAUGUGCUCUAGCUAUUGAAAACUGUAUCAGAGACAGGGUCUGGGAAGUGCUUGGCUUUGGAGUGCUCCUCUCUGAUUGGUCCAGGGAGUGCUGCUGUUGGAGUAUAAUGUGUGAAUACCAUCUGCUGUGAGGAGUCGAGAGGCUCUGUGAAUUUUGCUUGGAGAGGCACCUUUAGCCAGGAAUACAAACAAGGGAGAACAAGCUUUUCUUUCUUGUUUCUGAUCCAGUCUCUCAGUUGGGGCUGGAUUUUUCUUUUCCUCUCACUGCAAAACUUUUUUGGUUAGCUGGAAGAGUGAGGAGCUUGCACCUCUUGUUCUCUGCCUGGGAUUCUUGCUGGUUUACAGAGUGCAUGGUAUACAAGGCUGCAUGUCUUUAAAACUUGUUGAUUUUGGCUCCAGUCCUCAACGUGAAAUGGCUGAGUUACGACGGGAUAUUAGUUCCAAACAUCUGACGUGCUUUUAAAGAACUGACUUUGGUGCCGACCCAACAUUUCUGCAGAUCUGGGAUCUUCACUUGAGAACAGGAUCUUUGCUGCUUGAAAUGUGGUUCUAUUCUGAAAAGUGAUGGUCUAAAAAUGGCAUCCUCAUAUGUGUUUUCAGAGUGUUGUUUGCUGCCUCAUGGAGAUAAAAGUACAAGUCCCCCCCAGAGAGGGCCGGGCAGCGGCGCAGCAUGCCCAGUGGGGUCAUGGAGAAAAAUCCCAGCAUGGAGCCCACCACCACAACACCAUUCCGUGUCACGGGGUUUCUCAGCCGUCGGCUUAAAGGCUCCAUCAAAAGGACAAAGAGCCAGCCCAAGCUUGAUAGGAACAGCAGCUUCCGGCACAUUUUACCUGGCUUCAGGAGUGUGGACAAUGAAAGGAACUAUGAAUCCCAGAUCGAGGACUCCAAAACCACCUCUGCGUGCCACGGCUGCUUGCAAAGGAUCCCAUCUAAUGCCGAGGCUGAAAGAAUCACGCUCCCACGAGUCUUUGCUCAGCCCCAGUAGCGCCGUUGAGGCUCUGGAUCUCAGUAUGGAGGAAGAAGUGGUCAUCAAGCCAGUUCACAGUAGCAUUCUGGGGCAGGACUAUUGUUUUGAGGUGACGACUUCAUCAGGAAGUAAAUGCUUCUCCUGUCGCUCUGCAGCAGAACGAGAUAAAUGGAUGGAGAACCUGCGGCGUGCCGUGCACCCAAAUAAGGACAACAGCAGAAGGGUAGAGAAUAUGUUAAAGUUAUGGAUUAUUGAAGCCAAGGACCUGCCAGCCAAGAAGAAGUACUUGUGUGAAUUAUGCCUGGAUGACGUUCUUUAUGCACGAACUACCUGUAAAUUGAAAACUGACAACGUCUUUUGGGGGGAGCACUUUGAAUUUAAUAACCUCCCGACGCUCAAAACCAUUACGGUGCACUUAUACAAAGAGACUGACAAAAAGAAAAAGAAAGACAAGACCAACUUCCUCGGGCAGGUGAAUAUCCCCGUGGGCUCCGUAACGGGGCGGCAGUUUGUGGAGAAGUGGUACCCUGUAGUCAGCCCCAACCCCAGCAAGGGCAAGUCUGCAGGGCCCAUGAUCCGCAUCAAGUCGCGCUACCAGAGCAUGAGCAUCCUCCCCAUGGAGAUGUACAAAGAGUUUGCUGAGUACAUCACUAACAAUUACAUGGUGCUGUGCUCAGUGCUGGAGCCUGCGCUGAGUGUGAAGAACAAAGAGGAGAUGGCCUCUGCACUGGUCCAUAUUCUGCAAAGCACUGGGAAGGCCAAGGAUUUCUUGACUGACCUGAUGAUGUCCGAAGUUGACCGCUGUGGUGAAAAUGAGCACCUCAUUUUCCGAGAGAACACGCUGGCCACGAAAGCCAUCGAAGAGUACCUGAAGCUGGUGGGGCAGAAGUACUUACAGGAUGCCUUAGGAGAGUUCAUCAAAGCUCUGUAUGAAUCAGAUGAAAAUUGUGAGGUGGACCCCAGUAAGUGCUCAUCCUCGGACCUUCCUGAACAUCAGAGCAACCUGAAAAUGUGCUGCGAGCUGGCCUUCUGUAAAAUCAUCAAUUCUUACUGCGUCUUCCCAAGGGAACUCAAAGAGGUCUUUGCUUCGUGGAGACAAGAGUGCAGUAACCGUGGCCGGCCAGAUAUCAGCGAGCGGCUCAUCAGUGCCUCCUUAUUUCUCCGGUUCCUCUGUCCAGCCAUCAUGUCCCCCUCCCUCUUUAACCUGCUCCAGGAAUACCCCGAUGACCGCACUGCGCGCACUUUGACCCUCAUUGCCAAGGUCACACAGAACCUCGCCAACUUUGCAAAGUUUGGCAGCAAAGAGGAGUAUAUGUCCUUUAUGAAUCAGUUUCUGGAACACGAAUGGACUAACAUGCAGCGAUUUCUGUUGGAGAUUUCCAAUCCAGAAACCAUCUCGAACACAGCUGGCUUUGAAGGCUACAUCGACCUGGGCCGGGAAUUGUCCACUUUGCACUCUCUACUGUGGGAGGUCAUUUCUCAGCUCGAGCAGGGCACUGUAACGAAACUUGGGCCCCUGCCUCGGAUUCUGAGGGAUGUCAACACGGCGCUCAGUAACCCAGCGUGUGUGCAGGUCUCCGUCACAGCCGACCAUACUGCAUCGACUCCAAAUGCUGGCAACAGCAUCUCUGCGGGGCUACAGAAAAUGGUGAUAGAGAAUGACUUAUCUGGUCUGAUAGAUUUCACACGGUUACCGUCUCCAACCCCUGAAAACAAGGACUUGUUUUUUGUCACAAGGUCUGCUGGGGCUCAGCCCUCGCCCGCCCGAAGCUCCAGCUAUUCGGAGGCCAAUGAGCCCGACGUGCAGAUGUCCAAUGGCAGCAAGAGUUUGUCCAUGGUGGACUUGCAGGACAAUCGGAUUUUGGACAGUGGGGCAAAUGCACCCGGGGCCGCUGACUCCCUCAAUGACAGUCAGUCGUCUGUCGGGCAGUUACAGGGCAUAUGGACCGCACGAACUCAGCAGAACAAUGUGACUGGCAUGGCCACGGUGCGCAGGGUAGGCCAGACCCCCACCACACCCAACGCCGAGAGCGCGCCCGGCAGGCCCCAGCUUUUAGCACCUUUAUCGUUCCAGAACCCGGUGUACCAGAUGGCGGCCGGGCUUCCGCUGUCCCCCCGGGGCUUGGGGGACUCUGGCUCUGAGUGCCACAGCUCCCUGAGCUCCCACAGCAACAGCGAGGAGCUGACGGCCAACAAGCACGGCUUCGUCAACCCUGCCGGGAGCGAGGACUUCACCCGGCGGACGGGGGAGCUGGCCCGCCGGCAGCUCUCUCUGACGGAGAAAGGUGGCCAGCCCACCAUGCCCCGGCAGAACAGCGCCGGCCCCCAGAGGCGAAUAGACCAACCGCCCCCUCCCCCCCCACCAGUCACCAGGGGCAGGACGCCGCCCUCGCUGCUGAACACGGUUCAGUACCAGAGACCAUCCAGCGGGAGCAUGAUGUCCUCCUCGCCCGACUGGCCAGGCAGUGGGGCUCGCCUCCGCCAGCAGUCCUCCUCCUCCAAGGGCGACAGUCCCGAGAUGAAGCAGCGCACCAUGCACAAACAGGCCCCUUCUCCUGUGAACCCCAAUGCCCUGGACCGCACUGCCGCAUGGCUUUUGAAUAUGAACAUGCACUUUUUAGAAGAUGAAAGCAUUGACCCAGAUUCCAAGCACAGGGAUAAGCUCAGGAAUAAGGACGAGCUCAGCCAAGCAGAAAAGUACCAGCAGGACCUGGUGGUGCUGCAGGACAAGCUCCGCAUCUCCAACAAGAAGCUGGAGGAGUAUGAAAACAGGUUCAAAUGCCAGGAGGAGACGACCCAGAAACUGAUGCUGGAGUACCAGGCCAGGCUGGAGGAGAGCGAGGAGCGGCUCCGCAGACAGCAGGAAGAUAAAGAGAUCCAGAUGAAGGGGAUCAUCAGCAGAUUGAUGUCAGUGGAGGAGGAAUUAAAGAAAGAUCACGCGGAAAUGCAGGCGGCAGUGGAUUCCAAACAGAAGAUUAUUGAUGCCCAGGAGAAACGUAUUGCUUCACUGGAUGCGGCCAACGCACGGUUAAUGAGUGCCCUUACUCAGCUGAAAGAGAGGUACAGCAUGCAGACACGUAACGGGAUCUCCCCCACAAACCCAACUAAAUUACAGAUUACAGAGAACGGAGAAUUCAGAAACAGCAGCAAUUGUUAACCCGCGGAGGGAGCUGCUGCAGGAGAGGAGGCCUGGCCUGAAAGACUGCGCAGCAGCAGGGGUGAGCCGUGCUUCAGAGAAUGGCUGCUGUCUUUCCCCCCGCUCCCCAAGGAACCAGCUCCUUACUGCAGACGGCACACGUGACUGCUCCUUGGUGGGAGACGCCAACGCCAGCGAGUUGAGGGGACCGAAAGACCGAGUUGUGUGAAAUGUGUGGAAAAAGGAGAGCUCCGUAUAUGGGGGGAUUGCUGUCACGGGUGGAUUUAAGUCAGUGUUUAAUGUUUAACCUUUUCCUUCUCAAACUGCCCAAAGGACACACCUCUCACUCCUCCUGCCCAUAAUAAUAAAGGGGGCUGGGAAAGCCUGCGCCAGGCCCACUCAGGCUAGCUUCAGUGGUGGGUUCCUGCUGGUAGAAGCUCAGUGGAGGAAGAGACUGUAUUGUUGUGAGACGCACUUAGUCUAAUUCCAGCCCACGGCAGGAAAUGCUCUGCCAUGGCACUUAGUUUGCUCGGUGGCUCGUUCUGUGUAGCUUCACGUCGGGGUGGCCGUAGCACAUCCCUCCUGUGUGCCGCUUGGAGUACGCUCCACGCAUUGGUCCAUGAACGAGCGCCUUGUUCAGUAGGGGAGAUGUCCUGUGCCAUGCUGGAGGUAGUGUGCCACUGUCCGUUUGACGCUCACACAAGAGAACUGGGGUUUGAAUGAACUCGGGAGAGCAGGGUCUGACGUGCAAGGUGUGCAGGGUGGUAGCCAAAGGAAUGCCAGCACAGACAGACAACAGAGCAGGUCACUGGGAGGGGAGUGAACAGCACUUUAGCAAGAUUUGCUGGGCUAUGCAGUGUCACAGCAAGCGUUACCUCUGUAGGAGUCCGGCGCCCACUGGAGAGUCCAGCAUAUUACACCUUGCAGCAAGAGAACAGCGGUCUGUAUUUGCUUUACUUUUUGCCAACCUACUAGUCAGAGGCCAAGCCAGUGCAGCUGCUGCAGGCUUGUGUCCAAGGCAGUGGGACUGUUGUACGCCAGCAGAGAAGGGGAGCUGGUGUUCUAGGGAUGGUUUCUUCAUUUCUAGAUGCAGCUUCUUCUCGGCAAUCUACGGAGGGGAGGGAGGAGCACACUGCCUUGUCACAAAUAGAACACAAUGAGAAGUUCCACACGAGUAGCAUCCCACUAAACUUCCUGUUAUUGAACACAGCAAAUAUCACGGCUGCUCAUCUCGCCCAGGUGCUUAGCCAUUGGGUUGUGAAGUGUGGGUCGUUAGCCAAAAAUCACUCAGAAAAAUGUUGUGAAGCCCCAUCACAAUUCAGGGAGUGGAAUUAGUUUUACACCAGUACUUGUUUAGGAUGCGGCUGCUUGCUCGGAAGAGGAAGGGUUAUUUGUGGGAGGGGGGGUGCUAUAUGCAAAGGUGUGUGCAAAAGUCAGGAAAAAGAAAAACCCUGAAGAAGCAUGAAGGUUGGUAAUUGUAUUUCUUUUCUUUCACAGUAUGCAUUAGAAAAAAAUACAGCCCAUUUUCUGGAAUACUGCCCUCUUUAGAUUGGGAAUGAGCACUGCAUGGAAAUUAACAGCCUUGAAGAAUGUAAAACAUGCUCAUAAGGGAAUAACCAACAAGAACAGCAGCAGCCACCGAAAUUCCCAUGGUCAGGAGGCACUGUGCAGACAUAAGCCAGGAUUAGACUUUCCUAACUGCUGAAACAAGUAGAUUCGGCACAUUCAGACGCGUGUUGCUCAGCGGAGGGGCCAUCUCCUUAGCGGGGGAUUAUGCCACUGACCUGCCGCCAGUGCAGGUUGGUGGGUUUUUUUAAAGUUAGUCCUUUGUGAUCCCCAGUCUCAGAACAGGUCAUUAAUACUGAGACCCAGAGAGAUGGUUUCUCUGAGACAUGGAUGCCACUGUACAGUGUAUAGGACGUCUGCCUAUUCCUCCCAUUAAGAGCAUAUACUGGCUGUAUGCUUGUCCUAGUUUGCCCAGUACCGUGUUUAAAUGUACACUCAGAAGGGACUAGGAUACUGAAUUGUGCAUAGGCUUAGGUACCAGCUCCACAGUAUCUAGUCUGUGCUAGCAGGACACUGUUUGCGUUUCUGUGCUGUCCUGCAACAGCAAAUCCUAAAAAGAUUCACUGUGGAGGGGAUUAUUUUAAAGUUAAAGCUGCUUUUUUCUAAAAGCUUCUCUUCCACGGAAGCCCCAGCCCAGGUCACACAGGGCUGCACCUUCUGCAGCUCCGGAUCUUGGAUGGUUGACGGUCUGUCUGCGCUCGAAGCUCUCCACACGCAAGGAAUGCCGUCCCAUCUCUUGAUUUAAAUUCAGUGUGGCGUGAACGUAAGACCAAAAAGAGGAGCUCCUCAGAGCCAAGUGACCAUUGAAUAUUGGAGAAUUAGCACAAAUGGCUUUGAAGAAGCUCAUAAAACUGACAGCCCCAGAAGAAAGACCCAGACAGGUUAGGAGUAUACAGGGUACUAUGAACAAUUUGGUACAUACGCUUACAUCCGCCUUUGUCUCAGUGUCAAAUAUCUUUAAAGAACCCUGCAAAAAAAAGACUUUUUAAACAGCUGGUGCCCGGAGAUGUACUUUUAGCUCUGGUUAUUUUUUUAGGGUCUGAAAUAUUCCUCCUGUGAAAGAUGGAAGCUGUUUCACAUAGAAUGCUAGGCAGGGGUGGUGGACGGGUGUCCUAGCAGGGACUGAUUUCCAUUCUUACACGGAAACUUCAGGGAAUUGUUUUUGGAUGCAAAUUCAGUGCUUGCCCUAAGAACUGGCAGGGGGACCCCCCCGCCAAAACAACUGUCUAUUUAGAACUGAAGCUAAGUACUGUACAUCUUAACCUACUCCUCAGCCCUGAGCCAAUCCUUGCUCCAUUAACUUUACAGGGACUACAUUACAAAGUCCUGGUUAACACCAAAAUCUCAGUUAAAGCGUGCACGUUGUGCUGCUGGCAUAACAAAAACCUAAACCCUUCCACAGGAAGUUAUUUUAAAACUAACGUUUCCAGAUCCGACACCUUCUGAUGUUCUGUAGUUUCCUGAGCCAGUAGGAAAAGGAACUCAGUCCCAGAAGAAAUCUCUUCUUUGGAGAGAUGCCCCCUAAACUGCAAAACAUGGGAUCCGGAUCUGGCGCUUUGGCUCAGGCCCAACUCUAACUGCGUUACUUCAGUUUGUGGUUUUAUUUAUAAGCUGCACACCAGUGUGGGGCUGUGAGUGCAAUGCCUGUCCUCAAGCCUGGUGUUUCGCAUAGCAAUACCAGAGACAAUGUGCAGAGGUGCUCCCAGCGACAGAGAGUAAAACCACCACUCUACUGACCAUCAUGCGACCUGCUGUUUUCCUUCUCAUGCUUUCUGCGACAAGAGCCUAUUCUAGUGCAAAAACUGUAAACGUGUAAACAAAACAAACAUUCACAGAUUUUUAUCUUGAUGCAAGUCUUACAAUUUUUUGUAUAUGUUCUUGGUGUUUGACUGUAAUGUACCUAUUCACCCAACAGUUGUAUAUAGUAAUUUACUUCUGGUGCUGCUUAUUUGGUCAGGAUUUGAGUGUCUCUACUGCGGGUUUGUUUUUGUUUUGUUUUUAAACAGAGGUGGCCUCAAGUAAGCAAAUUCAGAUCUGGGUUCAGAUUUCAGCUGCCCCUUGGGAUGGGACCAAGGUUUUGAUUUGGGGUGAUCGAGAGACAACAUGUGAGACUUUGGGAUGUGAACUAUCCCAUGGUUGCUGGUUGUGCUUUAAGUUCAGAGCCAGAAGCUCCUACCAACUACAACCGUUUAGUAACCAACCUCUUCUUCCCAUCCCCCCCAUAUCUAGUAAGCAGAAAUGUCCUCCACCCAAACGGGUCCUUGGAAUUCUGCACUCUAUGGUUUUUGCCUGUCGCUGUUCGAGCACUCCUGGCAUUGUGAGCAGUGUCCUGGCUCCCCUGACCUGGGUACAGCUGUGUAACUUACUGCCGGCUCAGGAUACACCAGGUUAUGCUGGAUCAAUAGACUGGAGGUCUCCCCAGGCAUGUGAUAGGGAUUUGCUGGACCUGGGUGACAAUAGCUGUGCUUCAUUAGUUCCACCAAGCUCAUUGCCUUUCUGUAACCAUAAACUCCUCCCCUGUACCUUUGCUUGGUUUUCUUCCUGGGCGGAGGGGGGAACAACCCUGCACUGAUCUCCAGGGCUUGGCCUCCCCACAGAUCACCUCUUGGGUCUUUUCCAGCCCUGUUCCGGCAUGCUGCCUUCAGGGCGAGCUGGGACUUCAACUCCACCUUUCCAGUUCUGGAAUCUGAAGUGAGUGCAGCUGCUGCUGUUCCUUAGUUCCCAAGCGAUUCCUGGAACUGCCGCAGACGGGAGGCUGUUCACUUCUAGCCAGAUACGGUGUCUGUGCUAAUACCCCUCCCCAUUAUGGGUCAGCCCCGGGCACCCUUGAGUGACUGCGGUGCAGAGAAGAGCUGUCAUUGUCUUUUCUUGGAGGGGGAGUGUCUCUCAUUUGGGCCAGACAGAAACCUGUUCAUUUGGUGAGCAGGGUCUUUCCAAACCAUGGACAGUCUACAACAGUCCUCAAAUGCUGGCGCUUUGGAGCAGGGGUUUGGUUUCACCAGUUGACUUUCACGGGUAACGUGAGGUGUGACAUUGCUGUAAAUUUUAGGUGGUUCUACAUCAACUAUCGGCACCCAAAGUGCAGUCUCCAUGGUCACAUAUUCCUUUAUCAUCCAUCACUGUGUCUUAAGAUAUACCUCUCUCUCUCUCUCUCUGUAUAUCUGCUUAGGCUGAUACUUGUUCCUGAUGAGCAGUUGCUAUGUUUUAUAUCCUCUUAUGAAGAAAAAACAAAAAACCUUUUUUGUAAGUAUGUUUAAAAACAAAGCAAAGUGGAAGUGUUUGCUGAAACUCUUUCAGCCUCUUUUAAACUAUGUAAUAAUGUACAGAGAAAGUUGUUGGUGUUCAAAGAAAUGAUGUGGACGUGCAAUUUCUGUACAUUUGCAAUUAGAAAUAUUAAAGAUUUAUUUAGCUAUUUUA